AUGUCUUUUAGAUCGUAUCCAACUGGAUCACAAAAGAAACAUAAGAAAGACAAAGAUGAUGCGUUUGUGAAAUCACAAUCAGGGGCAAUACUCAAGUUUCUUAGAAAACCUGAAAAUCCUACUGAUUCAAUGGAGAAUGAGAAUGAACCCUCGAGAGUAAAUGAUCAGUUUGAUGAUCCAAUGGAUAACGAGAAUGAACAAGAUGAUGAGAAUGCUAACAAGGUAGGGGAUCAGAAUGUUAACAGAGAAGACAAUCAGAAUGUCAGUGAAGAAGAUGAUGAAAACAAUGAUAAAUCAAAAGAGCAUCAUGAACUUCUAGAUAUUUAUGAUCCUGGAAAUUGGGGAAAGGUUGAGCCUGGACUAAGAAUUAUUAUGGUUGAAAAAGGUCCUGCUGCAAGACAACCUGUGGAUUUUACUUUUCCGAGAGAGAAGAUUAGUGGUCGACAUUUCUCUCAUUCAUACUAUGGACGUGUUUUGAGUAAUGGAGAGAAACAAGACAGGCGUUGGCUAGUUUACUCAAAGACAUUAGAUAAAAUCUUUUGUUUUUGCUGUAAAUUGUUUACCCGAGAUAAAAAUCCUAGUCACAUGGCAUCUAAAGGAUUUAGUGACUGGAAAAAUAUUUUGGAACGGCUUAAGAAGCACGAGACUAGUCAUGAGCAUAUUAAAUGCAUGAGUCAAUGGAUGGAACUUGAAUCGAGGCUCAAGAAAGAUCAAACGAUCGAUAAGCAUGUGCAACAAGAACUGAGGAAAGAGAGAAUUUAUUGGAAAGAUGUGAUGCUUAGAAUAUUUUCGUUGGUAAAGACUCUUGCUAAACAAAAUCUAGCAUUCCGUGGAAGAACAGAGAAGCUAAAAGCAGAGGGUAAUGAGAAUUUCUUAAGUUUUAUUGACAUGAUGGCUAAGUGGGAGCCGAUAAUGAGGGAACAUGUUAGGCGGUAUGAAGAUGGUGAAUCUCGUUACCAUUAUCUCAGCAAUAAAAUUCAGAAUGAACUGAUAACAAGGAUAGCAGAUGAGAUCAAGGGUAUAAUCUUAAAAAAGAUCCAAGGUGCGAAAUAUUUUUCUGUCAUUGUUGAUUGUACUCCAGAUACUAGUCAUCAUGAACAGAUGACUCUUAUUCUUCGAUGUGUUGAUGUUUCAACAUCUUCAGCUAAGAUAGAAGAAUAUUUUCUCACGUUCUUGAUAGUUGAUGACACGUCUGGAGAAGGGCUUUUUCAUGAGAUUCAGGAUGUGUUGGUUGCUCUUGAUUUAAACAUUAAUGAUGUGAGGGGACAAGGAUAUGAUAAUGGGUCUAAUAUGAAGGGGAAACAUAAAGGAGUACAAAAGAGAUUCAUUGAUGUCAAUCCACGUGCAUUUUAUACUCCGUGUGGUUGUCACAGUCUUAAUCUUGCACUUUGCGAUAUGGCGACCACUUCUGAAAAAGCAAUUUCAUUUUUUGGGAUAAUCCAGCGUAUAUAUUGUCUAUUUGCAUCUUCAACUAAGUGGUGGAAGAUAUUGGAAGAUAUGGUGGGAGGUUUGACUGUUAAAAAUUUAUCACAAACUCGAUGGGAGAGUCAUGUUGAAUGCGUUAAGGCAAUAAGGUUUCAAGCUCCAAAAAUAAGAGAUGCUUUGAUUUAUAUAGCUGAAACUACUAAUGAUCCAAAAGCACGAAGUGAUGCUGAGUGUCUUGCGACAAGUGAAACACAUGGGAUUGGAAACUAUGAAUUCUUGUUGUCUAUGGUGAUUUGGUACAAACUUCUAUUUGUUGUUAAUACCGUAAGUAAGAGUUUGCAGUCACAAGACAUGGAUACUGAAGUUGCUGUUUCCCAGUUAAAAGGACUUGUUUCUUUUUUUCAAAAUUAUCGAGAGACGGGGUUUGAGAGUGCAAAAUCAGAGGUCCAACAAAUAGCAGAAUCUAUGGAGAUUGAAACCAUAUUUCCUACUAAGCAAAAACGUGUCACCAGAAGAAAGAAGUUUUUUGAUGAGGAACCUGAGAGAGUUGACGAAACUAAGAAUUUAUCUCCAGAAGAGAGCUUUAGAAUUUCUUAUUUCAUCCAAGUUAUGGAUCAAGCUCUAUAUUCUCUUGAGACAAGAUUUGAGCAAUUUCAAAAGUAUGAGCAAACAUUUGGAUUCCUAUUUGAUUUGGAGAAAUUGAAGUCAGCAAGUGAUGAUAGUUUGAGAGCGUCUUGUACAAAUCUUGAAGGAUGUCUAAAACAUGGAGAUCAUUCAGAUGUUAUUGGGGAUGAUUUGUAUUUUGAACUAUCAGUUCUAAAAGAUGCAUUGCCUGAAGACUGCAAGAGACCUAUUGAGGUGUUGAACUAUUUGAAAGGAAUGGAAGAUUGUUACCCAAACUCAUGGAUUGCUUAUCGCAUAUUGUUGACAAUUCCAGUUUCUGUUGCCACUGCUGAGAGAAGUUUUUCAAAGUUAAAGUUGAUCAAGUCAUAUUUGCGAUCAACUAUGUCACAAGAAAGAUUGAAUGGGCUAGCUAUCAUAUCCAUAGAAAGAGAACUAGUUGGGGACCUAGAUUAUGAGAAGUUGCCCCCGAUUUCAAGUUUGCCUUAA